AUGCCAGGUGAUGAUGCUAUAGCUGCAGAUGUGGAGAAGCAACUCGAGGCGCCGAUGCCAUGGAUAGGCGUGUAUGUAGCAGCAGCCUCUCUAAUCUGCACGCUUGCAAUGGCAGCUGACACUUUUCAUGGAUUCCGAAGCAAGAAACACUGGUUUCCCAGUAAAUUCUUUUCGCUCAAUGCUACGUCCUUGACACUUUUAGCCGUGGCUAUGAAGUUGCCAGUGGACCUUACGACCCGCAUGUGGGCUACAACGGAUAGGCUAGCAAAGGUUAGUAGCAUGAUUUUCAUGUCAACUGCUAUGGGAAAUUUCAUGACAUGUUUGGGGUCAAUGGACGACAAAGAUAUCCUAAUGAAUGUGACUGCAUUAGGUAUUCUUGUGAUCACAGUCAUUGUGAAUGUCUGUGUUCAAAUAAUCCAAAUGAGACGGUUUCUCUUUGAUAGAAGAAUGUUUGCUGAGGAAAUUUUAGCAGCUUCGUCCAUGCUCCUUUUGCUUGUUAUGGUGGCCUCUUCAGCUGUAAUGGUACCCGCAACAAAAAGAUACCUGGAAUCAAAGUACCAUGAAAUGCUGAAAAUGGCUUCUGAUGAACAACUCCUGGAGUCUAUGGAGGAGGGAAAUCUUGUGUUUGACAAACUGAGACUAAGGAUUCAGAAGUAUUGGGUGAUGGCAGAGACUAGUAGCCCCCAGUUCGUAAUUGCACGUUCUGUAACCUGCACUGCUUCAGGUUUUGUUUGUCUGUUGACUGCUCUCAUUUUGGUGCAAGCUGAGAUUCGUAUGUUGAUUAAGUACAGAACAAUUAACGUGACCGCUUCCAAAUAUGGAUGGUCAAGUACAUGGAUUGUUAUUGCUCAGUCUAUUGGUGUGGCAGUGGGAAUUAUUGCUCCUGCAUUCAGAUGUUACACUGCAAUAAAGUUCAAAUGUUCUGAGAAAGGCAAGAGGAGCUUCAAGGAUGAAUUCAAGAUCGAAGCCUACUGGACACAGAGGCUGGUGGAGUGGAAAGAGAGUUCGUUGCCUUUGCAAAUUAGAGACCACAAGUGGAGAAAAGUUCUCCACAAUACAAAAGGACUCAUCCUGACUUUUCUUGUUAAAGUUCAGAUUUUGAUCGUUCUAAGCAGCAAAGGCGUUCGGUUUCUCUCUUUCUGCUUUGCAAGUCCAAUCUUUUCAUGCUUCCACUGCAUCACAAGACUGAAGAAUUUAUUCAGCUCUAGCACAUCACGUGUUCAUGGGAUCUCAGAAUCAGAACUUCGUUCAGAGCUGGAUCUUAGUCGUUAUGUCCUGCUACUUCAGGGUGAGGUGGAGUUACCUCAAAGGAUCCAGAUAAACAUUUGCAAUGAGGUUGAUAAACUGAUACAGACCGGCAAGAAGCAGCAACCCAAGAACCUGAUAAGCCUUCUUCACAAGAUUGGCAACUUCAGAGGGUUGAAAGAAGUUGACAGGAACCAAGUCCCAAGCCUGCAUUCUCAAGAACCUCCCAAGUGCUGGUCUUUGCCUCUGGUGACUCUGACGAGCAUCGCCUCUGCACUUCCCAACAUCCCAAAGCACAAAGUCAAGUGGCUACUGCAGAGCGUGGACGAAGGCCUCUUCUAUGUGAAUCUCAUCGAGAAAAGCCUGGAUAAUAAGGGAAAUUUAGAAAACAGCAGACAUGCAGCAGAUGCAAUUUGGGUCGGAGUUGAACUAUACCGCAAGUGGCAGGACAACGACCUCCACGAAACCUCUCGGAAAGGUGGGAACUCAAAGGAGACACUUCAAGAGCUCUCAAAACAAGGAGAAAAGACCAUCAUCGAUUUCAAGAGGGAGGUGAAAGAUUUCCUCAUGGACAACCCUCUUAACUGGCCAGUUAAGGUUAUAGCCGCUAACUCAAUGUACAGGAUCUGCCAAAGGCUUUUGAUGGCAUACGAGGGUGAUUGUCUCCCAACAGAUGAGGAACUGUUCAAACAGUUAUGCAAUAUGAUUGCAAAUAUAAUGGCAGCUUGUCUUACCAAUCUAAUGCAUGUUAUAAUCAUGAAGUGCCAUCGCAAAGGCAUAACAGAUAAGGAAAAGAGUGUCCAUCAAGCAGCUCUACUUUUGGGAGAAACUGAAGAAAUUCUCAGAAUCCUUCAGCAACAUACAGCAGCAAGGUCAAAUCCUGAUGAAUCAGAAUUUAUUGAAAAGUGGUGUAACUUAAUCAGGAGGAAAUAUUAG